AUGGAGGAUGGGAAGCCAGUAUGGGCGCCCCACCCGACUGAUGGGUUCCAGCUGGGCAUGAUCGUUGACAUAGGAUCUGACACGCUCACCAUAGAGCCACUGAACCAGAAGGGCAAGACCUUUUUUGCUCCGAUGAGCCAAGUGUUCCCUGCAGAGGAUGAUGUCAACAAACAUGUCGAUGACAACUGUUCCCUUAUGUACUUGAAUGAAGCCACUCUUCUCAACAAUGUCAGAGUGCGGUACAAUAAAGACCACAUCUAUACUUAUGUGGCCAACAUCUUAAUAGCUGUGAAUCCUUACUGUGACAUACCCAAACUAUAUGGCCCUGAUGCCAUCAAGUCAUAUCGGGGGAAGUCACUGGGUACACUGCCACCUCAUGUCUAUGCAAUAGCUGACAAAGCCUACAGGGACAUGAAGGUUCUAAAAAUGAGCCAGUCAAUCAUAGUUUCUGGUGAAUCUGGUGCUGGAAAAACUGAAAACACCAAGUUUGUUCUCAGAUAUCUGACCACAACAUAUGGAAGUGGUCAAGAUAUUGACGAGAGAAUUGUUGAAGCAAAUCCCCUUCUUGAGGCCUUUGGAAAUGCAAAGACAGUCCGGAAUAAUAACAGUAGUCGCUUUGGAAAGUUUGUCGAAAUCCACUUCAAUGAGAAGAAUGCAGUUGUGGGCGGGUUUGUCUCCCAUUACUUGUUAGAGAAAUCGAGAAUUUGCAUGCAAAGCAACGAUGAGAGGAACUACCACAUCUUCUACAGGCUGUGUGCUGGGGCAUCUGAGGACAUCAAGAAGAAACUGCACCUGGACUCUCCAGACAGCUUCAGGUAUCUGAAUCGAGGUUGUACCAGAUAUUUUGCGAGUAAUGACUCGGAUGAACAAAUCAUGCAGAACCGCAAGAGUCCUGAGCACGUAAAGGUCGGUGCACUGAAGGACCCUCUUCUUGACGACCAGGGUGACUUUAACAGGAUGUGCGUCGCCAUGAAGAAGAUUGGGCUGGAUGACACUGAGAAGCUGGACCUGUUUCGGGUGGUUGCUGGAGUUCUGCACCUUGGCAACAUUGACUUUGAGGAAACUGGAAGCACCUCAGGUGGUUGUGUUUUAAAAAAUCAGUCUGGAAAGACUCUGGAGCACUGCGCUUAUCUGCUGGGCCUGGACCAGGAUGAUCUGCGGGUCAGCCUCACAACAAGAGUCAUGCUCACUACAGCAGGGGGCGCCAAAGGAACAGUUAUUAAGGUGCCUCUAAAGGUGGAACAAGCAAACAAUGCCCGCGAUGCCCUGGCCAAGGCAGUGUACAGCUGCCUCUUCGAUCAUGUGGUCAAACGGGUGAACCAGUGUUUCCCCUUCAAGACUUCCUCCAAUUUCAUUGGGGUGCUGGACAUCGCUGGGUUUGAGUAUUUUGAACAUAACAGCUUUGAGCAGUUCUGUAUCAAUUACUGCAAUGAGAAACUGCAGCAGUUCUUCAACGAGCGUAUUCUGAAAGAGGAGCAAGAGCUAUAUCAAAAGGAAGGGCUUGGAGUGAAUGAGGUGCAUUAUGUUGACAACCAGGACUGCAUUGACCUAGUGGAAGCAAAGCUGGUGGGAAUCCUGGAUAUUUUGGAUGAAGAGAACCGUCUUCCUCAGACCAGUGACCAACACUUUACACUGGCUGUUCACAACAAGCAUAAAGACCACUUCAGACUGACGGUUCCCAGGAAGUCUAAGUUGACCAUUCAUAGGAAUCUCCGGGAUGAUGAAGGCUUUAUCGUCAGGCACUUUGCUGGAGCAGUCUGCUAUGAGACAACUCGGUUUGUGGAGAAGAAUAACGAUGCCCUCCACAUGUCCUUGCAAAGUUUAGUGUGUGAAUCAAAAGACAAAUUUGUUCGACAGCUGUUUGAGAACUCCAAUACCACCAAGGACUCCAAACAGAAGGCGGGCAAACUCAGCUUCAUCAGCGUUGGCAACAAGUUCAAGACGCAGCUGAACCUGCUGCUGGAAAAACUUCGUAGUACUGGCUCAAGUUUUAUCCGUUGUGUAAAACCCAACCUGAAAAUGGUCAGCCAUCGGUUUGAAGGAGCUUUGAUUCUCUCACAGCUACAGUGCUCAGGGAUGGUCUCAGUGUUGGACUUGAUGCAGGGGGGGUUCCCAUCCAGAGCCCCCUUCCAUGAGCUCUACAACAUGUAUAAACAGUAUCUCCCCGAUAAGCUCACGCGACUGAAUCCACGACUCUUCUGCAAGGCAUUGUUCAAAGCUCUGGGACUGAAUGAUAAUGACUUUAAGUUCGGAUUGACAAAAGUGUUCUUCCGCCCUGGAAAGUUUGCUGAGUUUGACCAGAUCAUGAAGUCUGAUCCAGACCACCUCGCAGAGCUGGUGAUGAAAGUCAACAAGUGGCUGGUGUGCAGCCGCUGGAAGAAGGUCCAGUGGUGCAGCUUGUCUGUCAUCAAACUUAGGAACAAGAUGAGUUACAGAGCUAUGGCCUGCAUUAAGAUUCAGAAGACCGUCCGCAUGUGGUUGUGCAAGAGUAAGCAUAAGCCGCGCAUUGACGGUAUGGUAAAAGUUCGAAACUUGAAGAAACAUAUGGAAAAAUUCAACGAGGUGGUGAACGGACUGAAAGAGGGCAAACAGGAGAUGUCCAAACAGGUCCAGGAGUUGGCCGCCUCCAUUGACUCUCUGUUAGCCAAGAUAAAGGCCACAGUGAUGACCUGGAAAGAGAUUGACACAGAGUAUCAGGGGCUGGUGAAACGCUCAGAGCACCUGCUGUCCUCCAUGCAAAAGAAGAAGCAGGAGGAGGAAGAGACUGAGAGGCUGAAGCACAUCGAGGAGGAGAUGGAAAAGGAGAGGAAGAGGAGGGACAAGGAAGAGCAACGACGCAAACAGGAGGAAGACGACAGAAAACUAAAAGCAGAGAUGGAACUGAAGAGAAAGCAGGAGGAGGAGGAUAGAAAAAAGAGAGAGGAGGAAGAGAAAGUUAUGCAGGCAGAGUUGGAAAUCCAGCUGGCUCUGGAGCGUGAGGAGCAGGUCCAGAAUGCUGCCAUACUGGAGCAGGAGAGGAGAGACAGGGAGUUAGCCAUGAGAAUCGCUCAGAGUGAGGCUGAGCUGAUCACUGAGGAGGGCCAGAUGGAUGCAGGCCUGCGCAGUGAUGGGUCUUUCUCAGAACUUCCUAUCUCUACAUCCUCAGCCAGAGCCAUAGGUCCUCAGGUGCAGGCAACCAAAGCUGCUGCUGGUGUGAAAAAGUACGACCUCAGCAAGUGGAAGUAUGCUGAGCUGCGAGAUGUCAUCAACACCUCCUGUGACAUUGAGCUGCUGGCAGCCUGCAGAGAGGAGUUCCACCGCCGCCUGAAGGUCUAUCAUGCAUGGAAAUCCAAGAACAAGAAACGCAACGAUGAUGGACGUGAUCAGAGAGCUCCAAAAUCUGUCACAGAUUACGCCGAACAGAACCCAGCUCCUCCAAUAACAGCCCAGCAUCAGGAAGUGGCCAUGAACCGCCAGCAGCGCUAUUUCCGCAUUCCUUUCAUCCGGCCAGCUGACCAAUACAAGGACCCGCAGAAUAAAAAAAAGGGCUGGUGGUACGCUCACUUCGAUGGGCCCUGGAUAGCCAGACAGAUGGAGCUCCACCCAGACAAACGGCCCAUUGUGUUGGUUGCAGGGAAAGACGACAUGGAAAUGUGUGAGCUGAGUCUGGAGGAGACGGGUUUAACCAGGAAGAGGGGGGCGGAGAUCCUGCCCAGGCAGUUUGAAGAAAUCUGGGAACGCUGUGAUGGAAUUCAGUACCUCAAGAAAGCCAUUGAGAAGAAGCAGGCCCGCCCCACGUACGCUACCGCCAUGCUUCAGAGUCUCCUCAAGUGAACCAGAGCACCAAGAUAAGGGCACAACUACAAGCUUGGUCCUGAAGCAUAACACUUGUGGACACACUCAUAAAUGUGCACAUUCAGAGUACAGUGUACCUGGGCUUUGAGGGAUGGGGAACCUUACUGUAGGCACUCAGUGUUUCACUGAAUCAUCUUAAACUACCUGGUUGUCUUCUUUUUCUUGUUUUAUAUGUCUUUUUAUUUUGCUGUGUAACACAUUAUUGGUGUAGACAUAGAUUUGUAGACUUUAGAUGUAUUUGUUUUCACUCCUCUUCUCAAUUUAUGUUUUAAUACAAUCCGAGCAUGAGGCCUUAAAUUAUAAUACCAGUGCACAAC